CGUCACCGCUCAAUUCUUUGAGUCAGUCCAAAAUGCCCAAGCCCUAGAAAAUUCGUCUUUCCUUGUCCUUUUCCUUUUCAAUUCCCUCCUGAAGAAUUAUACUUCCCUCCUCAAGUACUCAAAGAACCAGUUUUCCCUUUAUUUUCUUUCCUCUUUUCCAAUGAAAUGGGACAUGGAGGUAGAUGAGAUCGAAGCAGUGCUCGAGAAAAUCUGGGAUUUACACGACAAGCUCAGUGACGCUAUUCACUCCAUUACUCGGGCUCACUUCCUGAACUCGGUCAAGAAUCCCCGAAAAUUCACCUCCUCCGAUGAAUCCUAUUUCUACCGGAAAAAUCAAGCCGCCUCCGCUGCCGAAGAUUCCGACAAGAAUCCUGGGUCGGGAUUUGUAUUCGUAAAGGAGCUUCGGGUCGAGGAUGAUGAAUUAGCGCCUCAGGAGGCCAAGAGUCUUUAUGCCAUUCGAACGGCGCUUGAAAAUCUCGAAGACCAGCUGGAGUUUUUCCAUACGGUACAAACACACCAACGAGCUGAGAGAGAUGCUGCAAUUGCUAAUUUAGAGCAAAGUCGCAUUGCUCUUGCCAUGAGAUUGGCUGAACAUCAAGGUAAGAGGUAUAAAGUCAUUGAAGAAGCACGAGCUUUAUUGGGUGUUGUGCAAGAUUCCGGUCAAUGCAUUUCACCAGAAAAUCUUUAUGUUUCAAAUGCACACCCUUCUGGACGAAGCUUUGAAGCUCAAGGAUCGACGAGGUCAAAUGUUCUUGUCAAUUUCUUUAUGUCUGGUUUAAAUUUUGUUACCAAAACCCUCAAAUUGGAUCGCAUGGGUAGGAUUAUGGGAAAUUCUGCUUUGGUUGCUAUCAGCAUGCUCGCAUUAAUGCGUCUGAGCCAACUCGGAUGCAGGGACAAAUAUUUGUUGGAUGCCUGUGAGACGCAAGAUCAUGCCACCUUUGGCAGAGAAACAAGAGUUUCUCAUCUGUAUGGUCGAUCAUCUGGCCAUCGUUCUUUACAGUUGGAUGUCCUGUCGGCCAGGGGUUAAAUUGGAUUUCUUUUGUCAUUAUUGUGAAAAGCUUAGUAUUGCAAAUAGGAAUCACAAAGUUUUAUCGUUUGGCGGAUAUGGAUGGAGUAUAUGUUAUUUUUGAUAGUUUUAAGAAUUAAGCCAUUUUGCCAGAAUUUGGUGCUCGCCCUUUUGACUGAAGCAGUGUUUGCGGGUUUUCAUUGGUGCAAAACUGUUGUAUUUUCUGUCAAAGAAUGUGUCAAAACCGAACGGCAAUGUCGCAAAAAUGUAGUUUUAAAUGGGUAGAUAUUCUUAUUGAUUUCGAUUUUAUUUUUUUUUAUUUUUUAUUUUAUUUUUUGUGGGUGGAAAAAGGGAGUUCUCGACUUUUCCCAUAUAUAUAUAAAUUCAGAUUGUAGACAGUUUGCAUUU